ACACACACUGCGUCACCGCGGGCUGCGGCGGAUGAUGAAUUCCGGUGUGUAUGUUAGGGUUGCUGUGUCACUCAGUUCGCUCGGCGCGCCCCUUCCCCCGCGUCCUUCCGCACCGGCUGACUGGCUCUUCCGGUCUCCGGCGCCCCUCUUCUGCAGGCUGGUCUCGGGCCGCAGCCUGGCGCACGCCGGCUCGGGCCUGUGGACGAGUCUCGCGCUGUACCCGGGAGCCGGGCUCCGGAUCCACGCUGGCCAUGGCGAGCGGCAGCGCCAGAUACCGGCUGAGCUGCUCGCUCCCGGGCCAUGAACUGGACGUGAGGGGCCUGGUGUGCUGUCUCUACCCGCCAGGAGCCUUUGUGUCUGUGUCCCGGGAUCGUACCACCCGCCUCUGGGCUCCAGACAGUCCUAACAGGGGCUUUACAGAAAUGCACUGUAUGAGCGGCCACUCUAAUUUUGUGUCUUGUGUGUGUAUCAUACCCUCAAGUGACAUGUAUCCUCAUGGACUAAUUGCCACUGGAGGAAAUGACCACAAUAUUUGCAUUUUCUCGCUGGACAGUCCAAUGCCACUUUAUAUUUUAAAGGGUCACAAAGAUACUGUUUGUAGUCUUUCUUCUGGAAAAUUUGGGACAUUACUUAGUGGCUCAUGGGACACCACUGCUAAAGUCUGGCUGAAUGACAAAUGCAUGAUGACAUUACAGGGUCAUACAGCUGCAGUAUGGGCAGUAAAGAUUUUACCUGAACAGGGCUUAAUGCUAACUGGAUCAGCAGACAAGACAAUUAAACUAUGGAAGGCUGGAAGAUGUGAGAGGACUUUUUCAGGGCAUGAAGACUGUGUAAGAGGCUUGGCAAUCUUGAGUGAGACAGAAUUUCUUUCCUGUGCAAACGAUGCUAGUAUUAGAAGGUGGCAGAUCACUGGCGAGUGUCUGGAAGUGUACUAUGGACAUACAAAUUAUAUUUAUAGCAUAUCUGUGUUUCCAAACUCUAGAGAUUUUGUGACAACUGCAGAAGACAGAUCUCUAAGAAUAUGGAAACAUGGGGAAUGCACCCAAACAAUCCGCCUCCCAGCUCAGUCUAUAUGGUGCUGCUGUGUACUGGACAAUGGUGACAUUGUGGUUGGUGCGAGUGAUGGUAUUAUUAGAGUGUUUACAGAGUCAGAGGAGCGGACAGCAAGUGCUGAGGAAAUCAAGGCUUUUGAGAGAGAGCUCUCUCAGGCAACUAUCGAUUCCAAAACUGGUGACUUGGGGGAUAUUAAUGCUGAGCAGCUUCCUGGGAGGGAACAUCUCAAUGAACCAGGUACUAGAGAAGGACAGACUCGCCUGAUCAGAGAUGGAGAGAGAGUUGAAGCCUAUCAGUGGAGUGUUAGUGACGGGAGGUGGAUAAAAAUUGGUGAUGUUGUUGGCUCAUCUGGUGCUAAUCAGCAAACAUCUGGAAAAGUUUUAUAUGAAGGGAAAGAAUUUGAUUAUGUUUUCUCAAUUGAUGUGAAUGAAGGUGGACCAUCAUAUAAAUUACCAUAUAAUGUCAGUGAUGAUCCCUGGCUAGUUGCAUACAACUUCUUGCAGAAAAAUGAUUUGAAUCCCAUGUUUCUGGAUCAGGUGGCUAAAUUUAUUAUUGAUAACACAAAAGGUCAAACACUGGGACUCGGGAAUCCCACUUUUUCAGAUCCAUUUACAGGUGGUGGUCGCUAUGUUCCAGGAACUUCAGGACCUUCCAACACAGUGCAGACAGCAGAUCCUUUCACAGGUGCUGGGCGCUAUAUGCCAGGUUCUGCAGGUAUGGACACCACCAUGGCUGGAGUUGAUCCAUUUACAGGGAAUAGUGCCUACCGAUCAGCUGCAUCUAAAACAGUGAAUAUUUAUUUCCCCAAAAAAGAAGCUCUUACCUUUGACCAAGCAAACCCUACACAAAUAUUAGGAAAACUGAAGGAACUUAAUGGAACUGCACCUGAAGAGAAGAAGCUAACUGAAGAUGACUUGGUACUUCUUGAAAAGAUACUGUCCCUGAUUUGUAAUAAUUCUUCAGAAAAGCCAACGGCUCAGCAACUUCAGAUUUUGUGGAAAGCUGUCAACUGGCCUGAAGACAUUGUCUUUCCUGCACUUGACAUUCUUCGGCUAUCAAUUAAGCAUCCCAAUGUGAAUGAGAAUUUCUGCAAUGAAAAAGGAGACCAGUUCAGCAGCCAUCUUAUCAAUCUUCUGAACCCUAGAGGAAAGCCAGCAAACCAGCUGCUUGCUCUUAGGACUUUUUGCAAUUGCUUUGUUAGUCAGGCAGGAAAAAAGCUCAUGAUGUCCCAGAGGGAGUCACUGAUGUCACAUGCAAUAGAACUGAAAUCUGGGACUAAUAAGAACAUUCAUAUUGCUCUGGCUACAUUGACCUUGAACUAUUCUGUCUGUUUCCAUAAAGACUAUAACAUUGAAGGGAAAGCUCAAUGCUUGUCAGUAAUUAGCACAAUCUUGGAAGUUACAAUUGUGCAAGCAACAUUUGUCAGAAUUUAA